GUACUUGAUGUUUACACUCUGUUGACAAAUAAUGAUGUGUGUAGACCACCAUACAUCGUGCACGCUCUCAGUUUGCGUGUGGACAUAAUGAAGUGGUCGACAUGACCCAAGAGCUGGCAACCACGAGAGAGUAUUUAUAGAGUUGAACCUUUCAUCCUCGCUUAUUCCUUUGGCUUUCUUUGUACCUCGAAGUUUCCGUCACAAACAGCGAGCAUCGGACUACUGAGCUGUAGCUUUUCUGAGGAAUAAAAGUGUUCCUGAAGAACACGCAGACGUUACCAUGGGCGACCCGGUGUUGAUGGUGGUUAACCUGUUGACAACAAUGAAUUUACUCUUCAUACUUCUUUCUAUGGCCUCUUGUCUUGAAGCCUUCAACAAAGGAAGUGUCUACAAAGCACAAGUCAUGCUACAGUUACAAGGCAUGGACUACUCGCUGUUCGGCUACAACAGUCUCAAGGGAUGCCCUCUGACCUCAGGACGUGACCCAGGCUUUACUCUCCCCAUCUUUUCUGGUGAGUUUCACGUGACCCCAGACUUUCGCUAUAACGUGCCACGUGGCGUGCUUCUGUCCCACGAUGUGUCAUGUGACACGUCGUUUACGUCGAAGGUGGUGGAGACGCCGUACGACCUGACCACGCUGCUGACUGGCACCGCGCGACUCGGUGCUGAUAAGUGGGGGCCUCCCUUCUCGGCCAGCCAACACUUUCACAAACUGUCCGCGCAACUCACACAACACGUCUUGGUCGUUUCCACAGCUGUCUGCAGUUUGUACGACCUGACACUUCUGCUCUCGGAACCGCCAUCUUUUCAUCCGUCGUUUGUGGACUGGAUGAUUCAACUCAACAACACUGAUGACGUGGACAAGUACCUUGAGUUCCUUGACACCUACGGCACACACUUCGUGUCACGGACCCGCUUUGGGGCUUCCAGAACGGUCAUUUACAAGAUGGACGAUAACGUUUACAGACUUCUAACAGAGGAUCACGUGACGUCAGCUGCCAGCUACUCUGCUCCUGCGCUUUUUGGAUACCAUGAGGACUUGACCUCUGAUCAGCAAAAAGCAACAGCAGAGUUUCGAAAUCACGAGACAACAACGUUUGCUGUCGGUGUUCCUCUACCUGAUGGCGAUAACAGCGCGACGUGGUUGACAGCAGCGAAAGAUAACCCCUCUGUCAUCGACUAUGACUUGACCUCUGUGGAGGUUCUCUUUUCAGACACCUUCAUGGGUGCCGCAAGUCCUACAGGGGGUUAUGGCAUUGACCACGACAGGAUCAAGAAGAACAUCAUGGCUGUCAAGACCAAAUACUGUCGGAGUUUAAAGAGGAAAGACCUGUUAGUUGACUGUAGAGAUACCGGUAGGACACUGCUUUCUACAAAGUUGAUUGGUAACACGAAAUAUGGAGCUGCCGAGUCCGCUGACCAGUGUCUUGAGGAAUGUUGUCAACUUGCAGGCUGCGUGGCUGUGAGUUUUUGUCCUUUGUGUACGAGGGACAACAGAGGCAGCAAGUGUCAAGUGUUUAGUGCUGGCGACAUCCACAGGGCAGUCACCGACCGUCAGUGGCAGACGAUCAUGUUAGUUGACAAACUGGAGACAUUUGUAAAGCUGCACGACACCACGGUUGUUGUCAACUCUAGUUCUCUGUCUGACAUCCCUCCUGUCAACUCUAGUUCUCAGUCUGAAAUCCCUCCUGUCACCUCCGUACAGGACUGCUACUCAUCUUGUAUUCAAGAUACCCAGUGUGUGGCCUUCACCUUGACUGACACUUCAGGUUCAUUAAUUAAAUGCACGCGCCACACAGACUCACUUCUGUCCUUGACACAGGAAACAGGUGUCAGCGUGUACUUCGUCUCCUUGAUGGUCAAAAGAAUUAUCACAAGUGGACAGACGAGAGGCCUUGUUCCCUCCUCCAUGCUGAGCGACUGGUACAAGGCCGCCUGUGUCAUCGACGACGAGUGUCGUCAGGUAAACUCCAUGUGCUUUAUGAACAGGUGCCGCUGUCGACCUGGGUUCUUCUUCUUAACACGUGACUACACGUGCUCUGAUACAUGUAGUCCAGCCCACCUGCACAACACCUUCAUGGAGUAUCCUGAGAGCGGACUGAGGGGACACAAUAUGGUGGCACGGGAUGGAGUCAGUUUGCAGACGUGCAGCGACCUGUGUGUCAGCAACAGAGGUUGUCUGUCCUUUGACUUCAGAGCCACAGGAGGGCGCUGUCUGCUUCAUGACGUCACCGCACGUGACGCUCAGUCAGGGUGGUAUCCUCACACCAGUACAGGGUGGACCCACUACCAGAGAAGCUGCCUGCAGUCUCCCGCCUCAUACCCGGGACCAGAGUGGUACAACGUAUCCUGCAACAGCCACGUGGAAUGUCCUGACCAUAACAGUCGGUGUGUGUCGGGUAGAUGUUUGUGUACUGACGGCUUUGUUUACUUGGAAACUGACUCCUCGUGUCACCCUCCAGAGUCAUGUCGGGUCUGGAAGACAACAGGAGGCAAGUCAGGUGUCUACUCCAUUGAACUGCCAGAAACCAGAGAGAAACUGAGAGUGUGGUGUGACAUGGACUCUGGCAAUGGCGGCUGGCUGGUGUUCCAGAGACGCCGUGACGGCUCCGUUGACUUCUACAGGAACUGGACACAGUAUGAACAGGGAUUUGGUGACAUCAGCGGGGACUUCUGGCUGGGUUUAUCAAGGCUUCACACUCUGACCAAAGGGAGACCCACCCGACUGCGUGUAGACCUUGGAGAGAAGAAUGGACAUCGUCACUACGCUGAGUACACGACAUUCAGGGUGGACGGUCCUGAGACAAACUACAGACUGACAGUGUCCGGCUACUCGGGUGACGCGGGGGACAGCUUAGAGUAUCACAACAACAAGAGUUUUACAACCUAUGACCGAGACAACGACGAGGUCUAUUUCAACUGUGCCGCUAACAAUCACGGCGCCUGGUGGUACAAAGAGUGUCACAAGUCCAACCUCAACGGCCGAUACAAGGCUGACGGGGGCUAUGAUGGUCUGGACGGCAUCAGAUGGCGUCACACCCACGAUGACUGGAGGAGCUUCACCUUCAGCGAAAUGAAAGUACAACCAGUGUAACACCGCCUUGUCUCCUGUAUAACCGAUAGUUUCAUCUUCAAAAUAAUACACAUGCACAGAGACUGAUUGUAUCAAAUAUUGUUGUUUAUUUUUUUAACUGAUGACAACAACACAAGACUUUAAUUGCAGCAUAGAAAAUUUUGAUACACUUCUACUGUGUCAAAGUUUUCCCUGUAUUUGACUACAAGUUUGCACUUAGUCAGACCUUUAAGAUAAGCAGACUACGAACACAAACAAAUAUAAUUAUUGCCAAGAGUACAUUGAUAUUGCUAUGAAAGGAAUUAAAAUUGCCAGCAAUAU